ACGGACCGCAGAGGUUGUCUGAAGGCCGAGGCCAAGAUGGCGGCGCUGGCAGCUCCUGGCCUGCUCUGCUCCCGGAUCCUAGGUGUGCGCUCCAGCGUGGGCGCAGCUGCACUGGCCCGAGAUGUCCAUCAGAGCGCGGCUGCUGACGGCCCAAGCAGCACCCAGCCUACCGUGACGAAGGCCGGAGCCGUGUUACCCAAACGAACUGCGCUUCCCAGCAGCCGGGGCGAGUAUGUGGUGGCCAAGCUGGACGACCUCAUCAACUGGGCCCGCCGGAGCUCGCUGUGGCCCAUGACCUUCGGCCUGGCCUGCUGUGCCGUGGAGAUGAUGCACUUGGCCGCGCCCCGCUACGACAUGGACCGCUUCGGCGUGGUCUUCCGUGCCAGCCCACGCCAGUCCGAUGUGAUGAUCGUGGCCGGCACGCUCACGAACAAGAUGGCCCCGGCACUCCGAAAGGUCUAUGACCAGAUGCCAGAGCCCCGCUACGUCGUGUCCAUGGGGAGCUGUGCCAACGGAGGUGGGUACUACCACUAUUCCUACUCGGUCGUGAGGGGCUGCGACCGCAUCGUGCCGGUGGACAUCUACGUCCCAGGCUGCCCGCCCACGGCCGAGGCGCUGCUGUACGGCAUCCUGCAGCUGCAGAGGAAGAUCAAGCGAGAGCAGCGGCUCCAGAUCUGGUACCGCAGGUAGUGCCGCCGCCGCGGGAGCUGCCGGAGCCGCCUCUGUGAUGUCCCUGGAGAUUGUCAAUAAACCCGCCCUCGGGCCCACUGCC